AUGCCUUCACGCAGGACAAACGACACUCCUUUCCCUUCAUCUUCACUCGUGAUAAGCCAGUAUUCGAUGAGCGAUAUGAGAUUGCCGAGCUACAGGACAUCACAUUUACUUCGUUUCCACCCUUACCCGAGGGUCAAACCAAGCCAGCGUGAGAUCAUGGUGAGCGAUACCGUGAACAUCAUUUCAGUGCUAUUUUUGACACUUCUUGUCGCGAAGCACGCUAUGAAUGAUCAUUCCAGCAGCCUGUAUGACAUUGUUGAAGAGGACGAUGGUGCUGAACCGGUGAUUCUCAACUUUCCCGACCUCCCCGAAGAACAGCAUCCCAAUGAUGUGAACAUGCAGGAAGCCGUCGAAGUUGCCGAGAAUGGCGCCCAACCUCACGUUAGGCAUCUAAACUUGGCGACUUUUAUCAUCGAUGUUGCAAUCCUAGUUGCGGGAAAGCUAUUUUUGAAAACCAAGUAG